AUGUUAACUGACAUUUUCGGGCUCGUUGUUCGUCUAGAACGCCCUCGAACCGCGCUCGAGCCCGAGCGGAGCGGUAGGAAUGCUUUGCACAUCGCUGGAUUUGGUGUCGAGGAUGCCGUUCUGGGCAUGAACAGAGGUCCCGAUGGGACGGCGGCGAGACUCUUCCUCUUUGUCCCGCAGCGCUGCAAAACACCCUUCUACUCGGACUACUCUUCCUCUCAGCGGAUGGUGCUCGUCACAUCUACCUCCUCCACCACCGACCUUGUCAACACUGUCGCCAUCGACCGCCAGGGCCUGUCCUUGUCUUGGUGUCUCUUCCUUGGCUUCACCAUGUCGCUGUUCAUCUUCGUCGUAUACUCGAUCGUCUCUACUGCUAUACUCGCUCGCAAUCCCAAGUCUAAGGCCCGCAAGCUUCGUCCCCUCUCGCUCUCGGCUACACACUUCACCCAAGUUCGUUCUCCUACUCUCUUCGACACGACCAUCGUCUUCCUCUCCUGCUAUGCUCCGAGACUCCUGCCGGGCGUCUCACAUGCAGUGGAGAAGGUGCAGUCGGUCGCACGGCUCCGCGUACUGUCGUCACCUAAGUCCCCGGCCCUUCGCCCUCUCACUCUUCCUGCCCGUCACUGUCAACCGGUACCUUCAGGCAUCAUCGCCAACAUCGUCGUCAUCUUCCUUGAUAACACCUCUCGCACCCAGCACCUGGCGUCGGACUGUUCUUGCAUUGUACUCGGAUACUUUGAUGGAUGGGUCAAGACCUGGGGUGAUGCCUCGCGUUCCGUCGUUGCAUCUAUCUCCUCUCGUAUGCUGCAACUCCAGCCAAUCAUCGUGCAGAUAUUGGAAGACUCUCCUCUGGUUAUUGUUUGGCGUGGUGCCCUGUUCAACCCUCCUGUCCUCGCAUCCGUGCCCUCAAGCCUCUUUGCUAUCCUCACUUUCUCCUUUGCUCAGACGAUGCAGCUCGCGGUGACACAAGUUCGAUCUGCUCGUGUAUCGGUUCUCGACAGCUAUGCAUCUAUCGAACAUCUAGCGAGAAAGUGGUCUAGCGCGAUGCUUGGACACAUCAAUGAAUGGAUCGAGAUUUGGGGCGAGCCUUCGCUAGGGUUGAUCACAUUCCUCGCUUCUGGUCCUGUGCAACUCUUGACGGGAGACGCUGAAUCGUAUGUGCUUUUCCAGUUGCUUUGCUCGUACAUGGCUUAUAUCUUCUUCGCAGUACCUUUCUUUUCAGAAGCAACCCCAUGGGUCCCAGACAUCAUUCCCACUAUUAUCGUCACGCCGCCUAGACUGCCGCACAUAGUCAAGAGCUACCCCGUUGACGACGAGGUCGACCAGACUCAACUCAGUCAUCUUGGCUUUAUUUCUCGUGCGCAGAUGCUGGCGUGGUUUGAGGAGAUCGUCCAGAUAUCAUCGAUGGGCGUGGAGGCUGCAGUCGGGGAGGAAACCCAAGCUGUGACCAAGGACAACAUUUACGAGCAACAGUCAACCUCAAGCACUCAGCCACUGACGCAGCGCUUGUGCGAUCUGGGCACUUGUAUCCUCACCGUUCUCAUAGGCUUAUUUGUCUCCGUUGUCCAGCUUGCUACGACCGUUCUCCGUGGACCCUCUCUGGUUUGUAUCUUGGUCGCGGCAUGGGCCGCCAAAUUCUGUGGGGGCUAUUAUCAUCUGUGGGUCAAGGCCUGGGGUAAUGCCCCCGCGGCACUCUCAACUCUGCGCUCUUCUUCACUGAAUGAGUGCUUCCCGUUGUACACCUGUUCAUCAAUGACGUCCGCUACCGAUGCAAUGGCCGACUCUGAGCCGGAGCUUGACGGUCUUUCAGCAUUCUCUGGGUUCAUGCGCCCGUCUCUGGCUUGCUUCGAUCUCGCGUCUCUCGCGUCGGAAUCUGAUGCCGACGAUCAGUCCUCGGAUGGAUCUUUGGCUUCCCCUUUGCUCACGCGCCCGUCCAGCCCUGAAUCCGUGACCACUGUCGGCGAGGAUGUGGUGGUGGAACAAGCAAAGCCCAAAGUUCUGGAUCAUGCUCCCAUCUCAGUCCCCUUGUCUGAUGUCGAACUUCCGCGUCGGUCUCCCGUCUCAGCCUUGUUCACGCUGCCCUCUACUCCCAGAUCUCUUACCCCCAUCCUCGAAGAGGAGGAGACGGAGAUAGAAGUGCAACAGGUCAAUGACCGUGCUUCAUCUCCGACUCCCGAGCCUGAAGAGCAAUUUACAUGUCGGUUCUUUCGCAUGUCUAGCUGGCUCGAGGAAGAAGAGGAUGAUGAAGACGACGACGAGGCCCCUGAAGGCUCUGAUCAGGACGCCUCUCCAGUUCCUAUGCCUGACCAUGGAUCAUGCCAGCCUUCUGACAUGGCCCCCUGGCCCACCCAUCCGGCCACUCCUGGAUCGGUUCCUGACAUUCAGGAGGUGCAAAGAUACCAGGUUCCCGAUCGCGUGCUCUCUUGGGUUCCUAUGUCCGACUUUGAGUCGCCGCGUGCAGCCCCGACUGCACCCUCUGUCUCGACGGUGCCCUCAGCCACUCCUGCUGCAUCCACGACCGUCAUCCGGGAAGAAGACAGGGUGUUGCCACAAAGGGCACAGUAUGUCACGAUCUCCGUGGUCAAGCCUGUCUCUGGCAAACGGCCGUCGCACCGAUCCCUCGCACCCAACUCUCUGUCGCCACCGCCUACCCCCGUGUGUCUCAACAUCAUACAGGAGGAAGACGAGGACGAGAGUGAGGGCGCGAGCAAGGGCGACGAUCAGGGACCAUGGACUCCGGACCCUAUCCCAGUGCUGGCUCUCAUCUCACCCACUGGUGAGGAGAUCGCGAACUCGCACACUGAUGGCGAUGCAGUCAACUGGUAUCCGUGGCGUCCUCUGGGUUCUAGCUCCCAGGAUCAGGUCGACGAGGUCACGCAAGUCGCUUGCUCUGCUGUGGAGGGCUCUGUCUCUGUAGUAGACGAGAUUCGUUGUAAAGGUCAACACGUGCCGGGAAGCCAACAAGGUUGCGAGGCCGCGGUCAGCGAAGAGAUCAUCCGUUCCGCGUCGGUCCUCUUUGGAUCACCGCAGUCUUCUUCGGACACCGAAUUCUCAUCCGUCAUUGACUUUGACUCUCACCCGCCCUCGUACUGGUCAGACGACACCGUCCUCUCCAUCACGCCCUCGUCACUGUUUAUGGCGCGCUCCGCACAGAUCGUCGCGGACUUGGGUCACCACGUCGCCGAUGUCCACUGGCUCUGCGGAUUCGAUCUGGAGUCCCAGGCACCCAUCGUGUCGCGCGGCAUCAAGUCGAUCGUCGGCGAUGUCGUCAGGGCCAUCGGACAUGCCUUCCGCUCGGUGCACACCUUCCUCACGCGGGCUACCGUCUAG